UUUCUCCUCUAUAUUGCAAAUUUUUAAGGGGUUUGAUUGUUAAUUAUUACUACAAUGCUUCAAAUUUUAAUCCUUCAAUCUAUGGGGCAUCACUGCAGAGACCAAGGUUUGUUCCAGAUAAGGGAUAAUGAGCAAAUUGAUGGAAGGUUCACCAAAGCAUAUUACCUACUUCUCCAUGGGAUGGGAGAGCACAGGUGUUAUUUGGGAGUAGAGCUUCUCAAGUCUGGCAGUGAAGGAAGUGAAACCACCCUCAAAACCCUUUGGCAUCACACAGAUGCUAUUAUGUGCUGCUCUUUGAAGGUUGAGUUCAUUCCAAAAUUUAGUGUGAGGGCAAUCUGGCAGAGAUGGCGUGAAUCAUAUCUGAAAGAUGGGACUAAGGCGGAUGAUGCUAUAAUUGUGUUUACGGGAGCACUUGCUGUUCAAGUGUUGGCAUUUGGUUUGUUUUGCUUAUGGUCACUUUUUUAAAAGGAGAGGUAUUUAUAGUUGAUUUAACAUUUUUUAAUCUUGUUGGCAGCAAAGUCUUGCUUCAUGUCAAAUGUUGUCACGUAACGUAUUUUCAAUUUUUUAUUUUUAUUUGUCUUAUUUCUAGUGUGAACUCUCUCUCUCUCUCUCUCUCUCUUCUUUUUUUUCUUUUUUCUUUUUAGAUGAUCAUUGCAAUUUACAACUGAAAAUUCUUAGAUGGGUGAGGUUUGUAAAUUGAGGCAGCAGUAUUAGCUCUCAAUAUACCACAUAUAUACUCUUGACUUGAUCUCUGCUUGCUUCUCACCAACUAUGGAUUUUUUCAAUUUCCUUCUCCACCGUCCCUUGUGCUAAAUGUCCUUUCUACCACAUGAAGAUGCCAGAGAGACCUAUUCAUAUGGUAGAGAGGGAAUUUGGGAUAGUGAGACAAGAAAAGGCAACAGGUAAUCCUCAGCCCACUCCCUGCCUUUUUUGCUCUAUGGCACAGUAAUUUCCUUCUCUACUUUGUGUACUACUACAUGCUAUGCAGACAUUGCAUUAUAUGAUAGCAACAAAAUUGUCUUUCAUGCUUGUUCUUUCAUUGUCACGAUAACACUUCUAUGAGCAUCUAGUGUUGAAUUGUUGCUGAUGUAGAACGUUUAGAAAACAGUAUACAUUCACCUAAUGUAUGAUUACUUUGAUGUUAGUUAAACAUAACUCUAUGCUUCAUAUCGUUACACAUUAUCUACACCAGAAUUGAUCAUGCAUAAUUUUGGCUCAAAUUAUUAAUCAUGUUCAAUUCUAAACUUUAAGUAGUCUUAAUUAGAACUGAAGUUCCACUUGUAGUGACUCUAACCAGUAUAGUUGAUGGGUGUCAUGCUUCAGGCUCUUGAUCUAACUGUGGAUCUGAGUGCCGCCAGUGCUGCUGCUGAAGAAUGAAUGAAUGAAUGAACUUUUUGGGUCACACAUCCAUCCCACAAGAACAGAGAGAAUAGAGUUCAAAAGAACAUUCCCUUUCCAUGAUGAAAUUCUUUUGAAUGCAAAUGAUAGCAGUCCUUAAAAACACAUUCUGCACUUUCUCCACAAAAGACUUUUAUUUAUCAUUCAAUAUUACAAGAAGAGAUUCUUUUUUCUGGAUUAUACAUUGGAUUAUUCAAGUAUGGCUAAACUUUUCUAAGGGAGUAGCAACGGUUAAGAAAAAAACUAGAGGUACAGAAGAUGCAUUUGGCCAUUGUUUGUUCCACACACAAUAUGCUUUUGUCACUUUAAUUUUCAUCCUCCCUUCUUUGUGAUUGGCUAUAUGAAUGCAUUUUUUUUGUUUUUACUAUAUGUGUUCGGCAUCUGAGAAUGCUUUCAAAGGAAUUCUGACCAGUCUUCCCAAGGCAGGAGGUGGUGAGUUUGGAAAGUUCUAUAGCAUACCAGCACUGAAUAAUCCAAGGAUUGAAGAGUUAGUGCAUUGAAGAGUUCUGCAUUUUGGUUUUUUUAUUAGAACAUGAUAAUUGUUCUAAUAAUUGUUCAUAACCUCUAAGAUUGUAGGCCUAUCUAGAAGCUUCCCAUUAUUUUUAUUUCUAGGUUUUUCCUUUUUUUUUGGUUUUUGUUUAUCACAAUUUUUUUGUUAGCUCCAGCAUCUACAGAAAAAUUUCUGUACUUGCGCUAACUUGUAGGAAUUGAAGUCAAUUUAUUCCAUUGUUAGUUUAUUUUAUAUUGUGAGCAUGUGGUUGUGAUUUAUUCCAUUUUCUUUUUUCUUUCUGUCACUAUUCAGCCUUGGGAGGAAAGAUUGAAGAGUGCACAUGAGCAAGGAACACUUGUCCACCUUUCAAAUUUGGAUCCAGAAUAUACUUCAGGAGAAGCGGAGCUCUUGAUUCUUUGGCAAAUCUGGAUAUAUUUUGAUGGUUUAGACUCUUUGAGGAAGAAGGGAGGCAUUUCUUUUUUCUUUUUUCUUUUUUUGACAUUUUUGCCAAAGAAUGUCAAAAAGGUGGGAGUUUUUUUUUCUGUUCAUUUUUUUUUUGGUUUUAUUAUGCUUUAUGAUACAAAAAAUAAUAUGAAAUUGGGGUUUGCAUGUACGA